GCGCACUGCGCGCGCCGCGUUGUUUUUGUUGUUUUCCCUUCCUUCGCUGCCUCAGAGGGAAGAAGAGCUCCGCGUCGGCUAGGGAUGAUGUCUUCCCCUCAGGGGUCGCCUCAACACCAAGAACAACACAAUAACAACAACAACCCGCCGCCGGAAGGGACGCCCAGCGAGCCAGGCCUCAACAGUUCCUGGGUAGAGCUGCAAAUGAAUGGAAAUGGCAAUGACAAUGGCAAUGCAAAAAAUGGAGGCCUGGAACAUGUCCCUUCUUCAUCUUCUAUCCAUAAUGGAGACAUGGAGAAGAUACUUCUAGAUGCUCAGCAUGAGUCGGGGCAGAGCAGUUCAAGGGGUAGUUCCCACUGUGACAGCCCUUCUCCUCAAGAAGAUGGACAAAUAAUGUUUGAUGUGGAAAUGCACACAAGUAAAGACAAUAGUUCUCAGUCUGAAGAGGAACCAGCUGAAGGAGAGAAGGAGGUGGAUGUUCUGAAGAAAAGUGCAGACUGGGUAUCGGACUGGUCAAGUAGACCUGAAAACAUUCCUCCCAAGGAAUUUCACUUUAGACAUCCUAAACGAGCCGUAUCUUUAAGUAUGAGGAAGAGUGGAGCCAUGAAGAAAGGUGGCAUUUUUUCAGCUGAAUUUCUUAAGGUGUUCAUUCCAUCUCUGUUCAUAUCUCAUGUUUUGGCUUUGGGACUAGGUAUCUACAUUGGAAAACGACUGACCACGCCUUCAGCCAGUACUUAUUGAAAGAAGUUAUGCACAAAACCUGGAAAUCCUUGUGGUCUGUGAAGGUGUUAAUGUCACACUAGUACAAUUGAACUUGAGGGAAUUUGAAGCAUGACUCCCUUCCCUAGCCUCCACCUUGUUUUUUUUACAUAUCCAAGUUCCAGUUACUCUUGGAAUUCAGUAUUGGAACUCUGUGGAGGUUUCUCACUAGUCUUUUCUUUUUCUCUAGCCUCCUUCCACAUCCUGCAAGACACAUCAGAGUUGCCUAACAGAGUUUACAGUUGCCUAUACGUUGCAAGGGCUUCUUUCAGUGCAAAAUGCCACCAGCAAAUUAUAAUUUUAUCAGCGAUGCUGUUGUCUCCACUUUACUACAGCAGGAAGUAAUCUGCACAAUGCCUAAUUGAACUGUUGAAUACAACAGUCUCAGUUUUCUAAAAGCAACUGAGAAUUAACUGAAGCUGGUUAUAAAAAUGAACUAAAAGUCUUUGGCAAUUUUUUAAAAAAGUAAGAAUUGUAGGUAAAUAAAGCAUAGCUUUAUUUUCAAUUCUUCCAAUGUUUUUGCUUUCGGGAAGCAAGAACUGCACAAAAAUCAAAGCAGGAUAAAAAUCGACUCAUCAGCAACUUUUAAUACUUAGUAACUGUCAUCAUCUUUUCUAUGAAGUAGUGAGUUUAUUUCUGAUAGAAAAACCAGUCCAACAUCUAUACAAAUGUUUUUUUAAGGAUUGCAUUAUUUGCAUGUGAAGAAGCUUCUAGUAUUCUUUAGUGUUUUAUUUAAUGAAAGGUUUCCUUUUAAAAGUAGUUUGACUUGAAGUAUUUUUGAAGUAUUUAGACUCCAUGUAAAAAGAGAAUCUUAUUUGUUCUGAAACCACUUUCAAUUUACAAAGCUAUGGUGGUUUCAGCAGCUACCUAUGGCAUCCUAUCUGGGAAGAGUCUUGCAGUUUUAUGAAACACAUUUGAAUCUCUUUCUCUGGUUGAGUUUCAUUACUGCCAAUUUCUAUCAUUUAUUUUAUAAUCUAGUUAAUAUCUAAAACCCUAUGGACCUAUCACAAGGCAAUCCAGGUGAUACCUUGAAUAGCUAGGUAGAAAUCUCUUUAAUAGAAGGACUCAGCCUUGUCCUUCAGAUACAUUUUUCCCCAAGACACAAAGCUUAGUUCCAAAUUUGUUUCCACAGACAUGGACUAGCAAAUGUCCAUCAGUAGAUUUGCAUUGGAUUUUGGAACAUGUAGCAUGAUUCUGAACGAUCGUUUACUCUCUUUUUAUAUAUAUGACAGACUUUAAUGCUACAUAUUUAGGAAACCAUCAGUAACUGUAAAACUAGCAAAAUUCCAUUGGCCAUAGACUGACAGCAAAACCAGACUAAAAUAAGAGUUAGCCAGCAAACCUUUGGAAAUAGGUGCUCCUUUUCCCCAUUUGCAUCAGACUACUGAAAGUUUUUUGUCUUAAAGGCUUGGCCAUGUGAGCAUGAUCACUUGUGCCAGUGAAAAUAGGUGACCUUUAUGAAGCAGAGAGGGUAAGCAUGAAAUAUAGUCCUCAAGUAUAUUAAUUUCUGUGGUCAGAAUCCUGUUGGUUAUACCUGGGUAAUGCUCCAUUAUGCUGGAGCAAGGCACAUUUUGGAGUGGGGAGUGGAUAGCAAGAGAAAGCAGUUGUCCCAGCUCCUGAGCAGCUCAGGAGCCAACAUAGCAGCUUUCUCUCCUGUACGGGAGAUGACUUUCACUAUCUCCUAUCCCCAACUGCUGCAGCACGCAUGGCCAUUUUAUCUCUAUUGCUGCAUCUCUGCCUGUGUUUCCACUACCACCUACAAUGGUGUUGUUGUGAUGACUAACAGGAUUGUGAUUGUAACACUUAAAAGCCUCUCUCUCUCUCUCUUUUGCUAAUUCUGUUAGUGUCUGAGCCCCCACUUCCCUAGCUUUGAAUGAAAGCACUUGUACAUCUUGCAACUAUGUAUUUUUCCUGUGUGGGUAAUUUUGACAUGAUUAAAUACAAUAAGGGUGGUUUUUUUUUGGGGGGGGGGGGGUCAGACAACAAGCCUGAAUAGUAUUAAAAGCCUGAUAGUACUUUCAGUGCCGAUUCUUGUACCUUGCUUGUUUUAUUAACCCAGUUGAAAUAUGGAAUGAAAUAUAUACAGUAUAUGGAAUUGGGACCAUGUUAAAAGUAAAAAAAUAAAGCUUGGCUCCUUUCCAAAUUAUACAGUGAUUAAUCGGCAGAUGCGGUGUGAUAAAUUGGUGCAUCUACAUGUGUGACUAAACACCUUCGCUAAUGUUUUUCAAGCAGCUGUGAGGUUAAAAUUGCUGAUGGAUUUUGGUAUUUGAAUACCUGGUCACUGUCAAGCUUCUUGCUGUGCAGUGAUAUAAAUCAGUAUUUAUUAGUAGCUAACUAUAAGCUUGAAAGAGCGUGACCAGGUAGUUAUAAUUUGAAAAGGGGUUAUCAAAUAUAAAGGUUUGUUUAAAUAAACAUUGUUAAAUAGCUUUAUACCUGUUUACAGUUUGGGGGGAAAUGCAGGUCUUGUUUCUCAAAUGAUCGGUGAAAAACAGGACUUGAAAAGUUUGUACAUAUAGGAUCAUGCAGAAAUGCGUAAACUCGCACAUUAAAGAAAAUGCAGCAGGUUGAACUGCAUAACUAACAAAAUGAAAAACCCAUCUAUUUCCUAUUUUUAAAAACUCAAAACUGAAAAACUCUGUUGGAAUUUACACUUUUUUUUAAAAAGAAAAAAAGACAUUGGUGAAAUUAUUGUAGUUAACUGAGCCAAAGUAAUUAAGCAUUCUUCAUAUUUAGUUAUCACUUUGUUACAUUAUUAUAUACAGUUUACAGUACUUGUAUAAGUUGUAGUUAUAAAAAUUUUGUGCCAUUAAAGCUGUCAUAAAACUGAA